UCCAAGGCGGCAGCACGAAGCUAAGGCGAAUGAUUUUGAUUUUUUAAAAAACUUCGGCAGAUCGAUCCCGCUCAGAUGCACCUUCUGGGUAUCUUGAUAGUGUAGCUUGCAUUAUGCAGGGUGCAUACUCCCUCUCACACUUUGCGCCUGCGCGUGGAGGCGGGAUCCGUGGCACCGCCUCUUCGUCCCUAUUCGGAGGAAACUCUUUCUUCACCUCAGAAAUCCGGAAAGAUGCCCGACGGAAUCGACUGCGAUGCGAUCUAUUGUCCUUUCUCGAGACUGCGCAGUACAACGGGGUGGAUCUCCUUGCCAUCACGUGGCAGAGUGCUCUCGACAUUCUCGGUGCAGGCGCAACCGCUGAGGUUCGACAGUCGCUCGUCAACUUGCAGAUGAGCUUUGCCUUCAAGCGCCCAAUAUCACGCUAUAGAUCAGUCGAGGAUGAUACGCUGUACGGAUGGCUCAUUCGUGAAUGUACAAUUCUGUGUCAUCCAGUCGUCCGGCAGCACAGGAACCUGUUGGAUUUGGAGGGGGUGUGUUGGGAUCCUUCAAUGUCCGACAAGUUUUUGCGACCGGUCCUUGUCUUCAAACGGGCGGAAUAUGGAGAUUCGCACAAGUUCAUGACUAGUGGGGAAGGCCAGGCAAUGAGUUUGACAGAUCGAAUGUCAUUUGCGAUCGACGUCAUAGAUGCUGUGAUCGCGCUCCAUAACGCCGAUAUUAUACACGGAGAUAUUAAACCACAGAAUAUUCUCGUGUUCAAAGAUGAGAAUGGGAUGCCUUUGCCUCGAGUCUCAGAUUUUGGAUACUCGUCCUUGGUCCUACAACAUGAUGGUUCCGUAGCUUUGCCUAUGUCCAAGCCUUGGAACGCUCCAGAGGUCCUGCAUCACGUACACACUUGGUCACUCGAGGAAGCAAAAGGAGCCGAUGCAUAUUCCAUGGGGCUAGUCUGUCUAUGGUGGCUGUUCGACGACAAAUUGGCCUCCCAGCAAGGCGCACAAGAUGCAGAUAUCUUCUUCUCCGAGCAUGGAAUUGCACUUGUCCAGGACUGGAAAAAAGAUGGCCAAAUUGCUGAACUGGCUACACGCAUGAUUGAUAUGGAAGCAAAUAUGGACAAAAGGGACCAAAGUUUCUGGCGAUCCUUCUUUGAGGCUACAUUUCUGCAGAACGGCCUUAAGAGAUGUCAAGAUAUUAUUACGUGCUUGGGAAAUCUCCGAACGAGCCGAGUUGUUGAUGCCGCCCCCUGUGUUGAUGAAAUUACGGGAGAUCCAAUUCAAGAUGCUUCUGUCCGGCCACCAAGAGACUUCAAAAUCACCCUCCACUUCUUGCAGCUGUUGCUAUCCCAUUAUCGACUGCGUCAGCAUAUCAAGGAAUGCCUUGUAGAACGCACUUAUCACGAUCCUGACAUUGAAGUUCGACAGAAUGCUGCGUUCCAGUUAGCAAUCUGCUAUUCUGUCGGCUUCGGAUGUUCUAGAAAUGAGAUGGAAGCAGAAAAGUGGCUAAAAGUGUCUGAAAGCCCAACGAGCGAAUUAUCAUCUGCCAUAUUCUUUCUUCGGGACGAGCAGGAUACUGUUUACGAGAACAAAGCCAUUGUUGCACUUGUCCGGAAUGGCAAUUUUCAGAGCCUUGAGUAUGGGCUAGAAUAUCGCCAAGAGCCUUCUCUGCACAAAGUCGAGGAAGAAUAUAAGAGAGAAAUCCAUGAUCUCUCGGCGGCUUUAGGGCCUGACCAUGUCGGAGUGCUGAACUUGCGCAUGAUACUGGCCGGGAUCAUGAUGGAUCAGGGACGCUUCCCUGAAGCAGAGCAGGCCGUCAGACAAACAUUGGACAUGUAUACUGCACGCCUUGGACCGGGUCAUCAAGAGACCUUACGCUGCACCAAUGUCCUAGCGACCAUCCUGGAGGAAAAUGAUAGAUUUGACGAAUCCAAGUCUUUGCACAAGAUAGUGCUUGAGCAGAGAGUCCGUCUGUUAGGUCCCAAUCACCUAGAUACUUUAGAGAGCGCCCGACAACUUAGCACUGUCUUACAAUCACUCGGGGAGUAUGAUGAGGCUGGAGCAAUGGCAACUCGCGACUAUGAAGGGAGAUUAGUCGUCCUUGGAGAGAAGCAUCCUGCUGUGUACGAAAGUAUGGCUAACGUGGCCUCAAUCACGCAAGACAUGGGUCAUCUCAACGACUCGGUGUGGUGGAACGAACGUGCACUAGAGGGAAGAACGAAGGUCCUCGGCCGGGAGCACCCACAGACACUUACAAGCAUGAGCAACCUAGCAAGUGUGUUGCAGGAGUUGGGGGACUAUGAAGGAGCCGAACCUCUUUUUCUCGAGGACCUUGAACUCAGUAGACGCACACUUGGCGAGGAGCACCAGGAUACGAUAACUGCCCUUAGUAACCUCGGCUUGCUUUACAUGGACAUGGAGAGAUACGACGAGUCUGAACAGAUAACACGAGACGCUCUGACCAUGGGCGAGAAGGUACAAGGCCACGAUCAUUCGGCCACCCUUAUUGGAAGAAACAACCUCGCACUGGUCCUAGAAAGGACAGAGAGAUAUGAGGAAGCAGAAGAGCUGCUGCGCGAAGUUCUCCAUAGCAGGGAAAGAUUAUUCGAGCCGGGUAACCUCUUGAUUGCCACGAGCAUGUACAACCUUGCACAGAAUUAUGCGCAUCAAGGUCGUCUAGAAGAAGCAAUGCGCUUGCACGAUGAGGCUCUGCAGAUUAGGAAGACUAAGUUGGGAGAGAAGCAUCCCUUCACUCUGGAAUCAAUGGCUGAAGUUGGUCACAUUAUGAGAGUGUGGCAUAGAUUUCCGGAGGCCGAGGAUCUGCUCCGCACUGUGCUACGUUCACGAGUGGAGGCACUUGACUACGAUCAUUCUGAUACCCAUGAUGCUUUGGGGGAGUUAAUCUGCGUACUGCAUGAUCAAGGAAAAUCAGAAGAGGUAGCAGAAGAGCUUGGUCGAUUUGCGGAGGCGCAAGGCGCUGAAGAGGAAUCCGAUGAAGAAAUUGUGCAGUAGGACUAGCUAGUCGAGAUAAAACCUUUCAUCCUUAGACAAUAUAGCGGAGGUCAAUGCUGGAUGUCAGUGCACUAUUUGGGAGGAAGAAUGAAACGUGAAGAAGAGCGGAUCUACGGGUUCUAGAAGCAAAAAGCUUCGAACUGAAACAGUUUCGACUGAUUUGAAUUUGUUAAUUAAUAAUUUC